UAAUCUGAAAUACGAGAGUGUAACUCUGCAGCAGGUUUUUAAUUAUCGUACGAUUCUAACCGCUGGUUAUGCAGACGAACCAAUGUUCAUGAUGUAAUAGGAUGGGCAAUAGCCAAGAAAUUGUACACCAAUGUAACCUACAUUAGGGUAAGUAGUUAUGAACAUACUCUGCCUUGCCUGGAAGAAAUGCCAGCAUGUGCCUGGGCCCUUUUUUUCUUUUCAGCAGAGAGCUGCAGAGAAAUCUCCCCACCCCCGAAAAAAAACCCCAGCUCGAAUGUAAAAAUUUGCAGGCUUGACAGGUCACGAUACCGCUAGGGCCACGCUCACAUGCAGAGCGUACACCAUGGUCAUUAUGUCAAAUCCCUAUACAGACGCUUGCUAUCCGAGGCAGGAUUGUUCUUUGAUAGCAGAGCUAGAACAUUCAUGGUCAAUCGUAUAAAACAUCGGUUUCGAGAAUGUCAACGUCUGAAUGACCUGGAUAGAAUAAAAACUAAAAUAAUAGAAGGACGAAAGUAUUUACAUAGUAUUGAACGCGCCAACAUCAAUGAUCAAAAAUGUGUCAUGCGUAUCUUGAGAGCAGCAUACGGUCGAACCGGGAAAGUGAGACACUAUAUAUUGAUGCCAUACAUAGAACCCAAUCCAGCAUCCAGUUUCCGGAACCCCGAACCCUUCUACCCACAUAUCCCACACACAGCCCCGCCUGCACCUUUGUGCCCGCCACUACAAAUAUUGAUUACCCAGUUACAAAACAAGAAGCUAGAGCCCGAAUUACCAGAGCCAAGGUAUAAGCCUUUGCAUUUGGGCAGAAAGGCGAACUUACUGUGGGCCUGGCGAUCCAAGCUAUUGUCCAAAGCGCAAGUUCCCCUUCCACUGGAAAUUUUGAAUGAGUUGGAAUCAAACGCCACACUGCCUAACCUCGGGGUAAACCUCACAGUCGACGGAGGUCCGCGCUGGGAAAUGAUGUAUGGACCAAGGCAACGGAAAUACCAACGAGAACGUAAUGAGCAGUUCAUAUUCUUGGCCCAUUUGGAUCCACAUGCCCCACUAGUUCCAAGAAACAAGCUCCAACGACGACUUCCCCUACCUAUGUCACCUUACUCUAACCCUUUUUCCACCGUGUCGCCGUUUUCAACUGCUUACAUGCUUGGCUUGAUAGAGGAAAAUAACAAUGAUGAAAUAGAGACCAAGCAUCUAACUGAGUUGAAGCCACGUCAAAUACGUCGAUAUUACCAACGGCUGCUGUCAGAAAUACCCUGUAUGACUGGUCUAUCAUCAAGAGAAAUGCUUUGGGACUCCAAUCAGAAAUAUACCCUAUUUACGUCAUUGGCUUCUGUCAGUUCUCCCCGACGUACACUUUCAGGCGACGAAUUACCAUGUGAAGACGUGAUGGAACAAUCGAUUGCAUCUUCUGGAAAUAAGAGGAAACAGUCAAAACAUAAAAAGAAGCAGGCACCAUGAUAUAGAAGAUGACGAUGCGGUGUAUUGUGGUGUCUAACGAGCCUCGAUACGCUCGGAUGUAGAAAAAUGAAUUAUGUUUAACAAAAAAAAACCAAUGUGUGUAUAAAAGAGCUGACAUUAUUGCAAAUUUAAAAAUUUGGAUAUACAAAAGAACCCGGUAGUUUGAUGGCCAUUUAGUCAGAGUCAUCAAAUACAAUCUUUUUGUUUCCUAGACCACCUGCACCACUGAGGGCCUUGGCCAUAAGAUCUUGCUGUUGCUUCUUGGCUUCCCACGAUGGAUGAAGUUGCUCAGUGCUGGCUUUCGCCUUGGCUGGUUGAGAAGGAUUAGAUGCAUUGGAUCUUCUCUUUCCAAGGGAGAUAUUGUUGCCUCCUGAAGCACUCUUCUUCAUUUGUCGUGCUAACUUUCUUUCCUCCUUAGCUUUUUCAGCCUCCAACUGCGCCUUGACGUGAUUGGCUUCUUCGCCAUACAACUUUUCAUACAUCCUUC